UCUGUUCUCUGUAGAAAUGGAUGAAAAAGUAAAUCUUGUUGAAGUGUUAACUCGUCAAGUUGAAAAUCUGCAGCGAGAGCGUGAUGAGCUCAGAAAAGAUAUUGAGCAAUUAUGUAUGCAACAAGCUGGGCCUGGUUAUGUUUCUGUUGCAACUCGAAUGCUUACUCAGAGGACAGCAGCUUUGGAACAGGAUAUUGAGAACCUCCAGAAAAAGUUAGGUGGUUGCUUAAGAGAGAAUCAAAAUUUGCAAGAGGAGCUUGCUGAAGCUUAUCGAAUUAAGAGCCAGCUUGCUGAGUUACAUGGUGCUGCACUAUCAAAGGUUUCUCACUUUGACUUAAAAUAUGUGGCUAUUUUAUUUAAUAAACUGUAGCUUUUAGCAGUAAUGAACAUUGCUAAGAGAUGUGUGCUGAUUUUGUUCUUCUCUACCUUUACAUAUACGCAAAGAGUAAUAGUGCAUGGACAUGUUAUUAAAUGAAAUUUGGUUUAGUGAGUUGGUCACCCCAACAGAGUGACAUUUUCCAUCUUGAUCUUGGGCAGUACUCCUUACUGGACAUUGUGUGCUGAGCACAGACACAAUUUCUUCAUCGUCGAUGAGGCAAGAAGCAGAAGAACAAGUGAUACUUCUGUAUUAGAUGUAUUCAAUGUAAAACAUGCAACUGUACUGGAUAGGAUAUGCUUAUGCUUGAACCUGCCUGGGGUUGCAAGGCCUUAAAGGUGCAGCCAGGGCGAUGGAUUAAAAGUUAGAAGUGUUUGAUUUUAGGGAAUGAACCAACUAAUAGUUUAUAUUGAGUUAGAGAUGUUCGGAUCUCUGUCACACAUACAUCUCAGAUUUCCAGUGACGUCGAGAACAACCUUACUACCAUGAUUACAUGUAGGCGAAACAGGAAUGUGUUUGAAUCAUAAGGAGGGGUAGUGAUUGGUGGUGAAGACUGCCUUGGAGCGGCCAAUGCAGAUGGUUUUAUGUAACUCUGUGCAGCUUUUGAAGGGAGUGAAGUGCAACCAAUGUGAGCUAUUAAGAAAUAAGAAUUAGGGAACCAAAUGGGCAAGAUUGUCUCGUUAAGGCUCGAGCAGCUCAGUCUCGAAGCACGUGACCUUAUCGGGGUUGGUGCUGGUGAGGUUCAUGGCCCUUUACACUCCCUCUCAACAUGCUCGACCACAACGCCGGGCAGGCUUGGAAUCCAGGACAACAACAUUGGCAGGGGUGGUGUUUGGGGCGACGAUGCAUUGAAGAUCGGAGCUCGGGGCAGUGUUACUCAGGGCAGCAGAGUUCAAGUUGAUGGUGUGUGUAGCACCAGUCAGGAGGCCGGGAGCAAGGUGGCAGUGUCCUCCAAACAGCCACUGCCCAUGGCAAAGGGCAUCUCUCUGUGUGGUAGUAUUGCAGCGCUGACCUUGGCGGGGACUUGAUACCGACCUUGCUGGGGUUGCUGAGGUUGACGAGGGAGGACUGGGGUGUGGUUAGUUUGCUGGGGGUGGUUCCACAUCACUUUUUUAGUGAUGUUCUGGCUGCUCGAUGAAUAUAGAGGAUGGUAGCGAUCCAUGUAUCAAUCUGCUCCAAAAGAACAUGGAGUUGCCCUGUUUAGGGUUGUCAAUGAGCCAAGUUCAAGCGAGCCUAGGAUUUCCUUCGAGGUUGGAGUCAAGCUCAAGCUUGGCUCAAAUGAAGCUAAAAAAGGCUCGAGCUUGGCUUGGCUAAGCACAACUGAUGACAUCCUCUGCUAAAGGAAUACACAACACUCAAAAGUUGCUGCAUAGGAAAUCAAAUUUGGAGCUGUUUGGUUCUUUUAUUUCCCUCUUUUGGUUCCAAUGGUUUCUGCUGGGUUUGACACUUUAUUUUGUUGUGUGAUGAGCCUCGCUAGGGGGGUGGGGGUGUUGGCGUAUGAGCAAGAGGUGGCAGAAGCUAGAGGAGGGUGCAGCGCAGGGAGAGAGGCACACAUAGAUGGAUAGAGGGGUGGGGUGGGGAGAGAGAUAGAGUGAGACUGUGAGAGCAAUUGCUCUACUCUUGCUUAAGAUCCAAAUGGUUACAUGACCCCUGUAUUUGUAGUCCCUAUCGGACUUACUGCCAAGCAAAUUAGAGAUGAGUGCUUAUAGAUUUGGACCCUCCUUUCCUAAGCAAGCCAAUCCUUAUUUCCUAACAAAUUCUUCCUUUUUAUUCUCAACCUUACUAAAUCUAUCUCUAAUUUCCAUAUGUUUCAGUCUCUUCCGGGUGGGAGGGGGCUAGUGGCACCGUGGGCCAGGUACGACCAGCUAGGGCCCUCUUCUGGGCCUCGCUUGGCCUGGCUCGAGGGAGCGUAGAUAGGCCCGUGACAUGUUACGUAUUUGCAAAAAUGAUGGACGGUUUCCUAGAGAGAAAAAAUAAGCUCCAAACAUCUAGAGUGCAAAAAUAUUGCAAAAACAUCUAGAUGGAGAGAGGGGUGGGGUGGGGAGAGAGAGAGAGUGAGACGGUAAGGAAGAUGCCUUAGUGUCAAUCGUAAGGCGGGUAAGGCACCUCAUUUUUUUCUGACCGCCUUACCGCCUAAGGGACGCCUUAAUAGUUUGCAUCAGAGAUUUUCCCUUCAAUGUAUUUGACAUUUUUUGUAGGCAUCUUUAGAAGAGGAGAAAGAGUCACUUAAAGCUAAAAUAUCGAAGCUGCAAAGCAACCUAAGAAUGGGCCUUGAAAUUGAACAACAUUUGCAAAGAAAUGCACGAAUAUUAGAGAAAAGACAGGCACUGUAUGAUGGAUUCCUGAGAAAUGGAUUGUCCAAACUUCAAAAGUUCUACACAUGUCAAAAGGCUGAAAUUAUGAAAAUAUUGGAAGAAGAAUCGUUGCGGUUGAUGAAAGUUGUUGCAGAGAUUCAGGAUAAACUAACUGAAUUUUGUAUCAACACUGAAGUUAGUGACCACCCUGCCGAUAAGAUUCAAUGUUGUGACAGCAGUUGUAAACAUGUGCAUGUUACUAAAGAUAUCAGUCCUAGCACAUGUCGUAAGAGUGAUUAUCCUGCUGAUCUUAACUCCGUGUCGUUUGAUGAAUCUAAAGCACUUGCACAAGCCUUACAGGAGAAGAUGGAAGCACUUAUGCUCUUCUCACAGGAACAAGAAAGAUACCUAUUAGAGAAACAGAGAGACCUGAUUGUUAUCGAGGAACUCCAGAAGAACUUAUCUCAAGUUAAAGAUGAAAAGGUGAAGGUCCUGAUGGAAUUAACAAAACUAAAAGAACAAUAUUUGCUAUUGAAGGGCUCUGCUGUCAAGGAAGGUCAUGAUACUGGUGAUUCAUCUAAACUCAUUCCUGGGCAUGACCAACAAGGGAUGAUGAAGACUAUGCUGAAGAGGACAUCUUUAAGACACUGGAUGAGGAAAGAAAGUAGUACUAUUGGACAUGGGAGCUCUGAUGGAAAUGAUCAUAUAGUUUGCAAAGAACAUUCAGUGGAUGUUGCAAGGUUAAGAGUUGAAAAUGCUAUGCUUCUUGAAGGUGUUGGUACUGUUGAGCAUCUCACUUCUUCGGUGCAUAGACUGCAUAUUGUGCUUUUGAAGCAAGAGCACAAGCGGGAUGUUGCAGAUGCAUUUGUGGGGCAGACUUAUACUAGGAGACAGCAGAGGGAGAGCCGGAUCCAGACCCAGGGCGGUGAAGCCAGCAGUUCUGCUCUAGCAGAUAAGUCUCCAGCAGAUAAUUCUUAA